AUGCUCAAGACGCUGCUGCUGGCCGCCACGGCCGGCCUGGCCCUCGCGAGCCCCGUCAGCCGCCGCGAGGUGCCCGCCACCCACACGCUGCACGAGCGCCAUGCGCCGCACUGGGCCGAGCACUGGUCCAAGCGGUCCAAGGUCCCGGAUGACGCCGUGCUGCCGAUGCGCAUCGGCCUGACCCAGCAGAACCUGGCCGCUGGCCACGACAGGCUGAUGGAGAUCUCGACGCCCGGCUCCGCCAACUACGGCAAGCACAUGACGCCCGAGGAGGUCCACGACUUCUUCGCUCCCUCUGCCGCUUCCGUCGACGCCGUGACCGCCUGGAUUACCGGCCACGGCAUCGCCGCCGACCGCAUCGGCCUCUCCGUCAACCGCCAGUGGCUGCAGUUCGACGCUACCACUGCCGAGGCUGAGGACCUGCUGUACGCCGAGUUCUACGUCUUUGAGCACGCCUCUGGCGCCAGCGACGUCUCGACCGAGGCCUACCACGUCCCCGAGGCCGUCCGCGAGCACAUCGACUACGUCACCCCCGGCGUGCGCCUGCGCGUGCGCCGCACCGAGAAGACCACCACGCUUGGCAGCGGCGCCGUGCGCGCGCGUACCAACUUUGGCGGCGUCAGGCCCUUGAAGACCAAGCUGUCUAGCUUCCCGCACCCGAACUCGAGCUCGUGCUCGACCUACGUGACGGCCAACUGCACGCGGAAUCAGUACAACAUCCCCGUAGGCACCACGGCCGCCAAGGGCAACGAGAUGGGCAUCUUUGAGAGCCUCGACGUCCACUACAGCCGCAACGACCUCGACGUCUACUUUAGCACGCUAUACCCGCACAUCCCCAAUGGCACCUACCCCGAGGAGCGCCUUAUCGACGGUGCCAUCGGUGCCACUGAGGACACAACCGAUUUCGUGCCGAUCGAGCUCGAGGCGCCGCUAGACUUUGACGCCGCCAUGCCGCUCAUCUACCCCCAGGGCGCCGUGCUCUUCCAGGAAGACGACGAGUACUACGCGACACACGGCAGCACCUUUAUGGGCUUCUGGAACACCUUCCUCGACGCCAUCGACGGCAGCUACUGCACCUACUCGGCCUUUAACGAGACCGGCGACUGCACCGACCCGGCCUGCAAAGACCCUGUCUACCCAAACCCGAACUCAGGCGGCUACAAGGGUAAGCUGCAGUGCGGCGUCUACACCCCGACCAACGUCAUCAGCAUCAGCUACGGCAACUCUGAGGGCUACUGGCCCGACUACUACAUCAAGCGCCAGUGCAACGAGUGGCUUAAGCUCGGCCUGCAGGGCACCACCGUUCUUAUGUCUAGCAACGACGACGGCGUCGGCAAGUGGUGUAACGGCCCUAGCGGCAACGUUUUUGACCCCGACUUUGGUGCUACCUGCCCUUAUAUCCUUGCCGUCGGCAGCACCGAGUGGAACCGCGCCGCCGAUGCUACUGGCUCCGAGGCCCCUAACGAGCCGCUUGUCGAGGUCGCCACCGCUCGUUUUGCUAGCGGCGGUGGCUUCAGCAACGUCUUUGAUGUCCCCGACUAUCAGAACGAUUCCGUCGCCGCCUACUUCGCCCAGGUCGAGAGCUCUCUGCCCUUCCAGGGCUACAACCACUACGUCCAUGACGGCAACUUCUCCAACGUUACCGACGGCCUCUACAACCGUGGCGGCCGUGGCUAUCCUGACGUCUCCGCUGUCGGCGAUCGCCAGGUCAUCUACGCCAACGGCUCCUGGUGGCUCUAUGGCGGCACCAGCCUUGCCGCCCCCGUCUUUGGCUCCGUCCUCACCCUUAUCAACGAGGAACGCAUCGCCGCCGGCAAGAAAAGCCUCGGCUUCAUCCACAACAUUAUCUACAAACACCCCGAGGCGUUCAACGACAUCACCUCCGGCAGCAACCCCGGCUGUGGCACGUCCGGCUUCCCGGCAGCCAAGGGCUGGGACCCCGUUACCGGCCUUGGGUCGCCCAACUAUCCUAAGCUGCGAGAAAUAUUGCUGGCUGCCUAG